AAAAAAAAAAAAAAAAAAGAAAAUGACAAUUUUAAAACGUCUGAUCGCAAUGUGAAAUUAAAAUUUCAGUUUUAUUAAUUUUUAUUUUUCAAAAUGUUUAAAGGAUUUACUCGAGUAUUCACUCAUACAGAACGAUUACAAAAUUGUGUCUCUCCAUUUCUUAGAAAUAAUGUGUUAUGUGCACGUGAAAAUAAAAUGGGGAGCAUAGGUUAUAUUUUUAUGAGAACCAAGAAACAUGAUCGAGGAAAUCCGUCAGCCCUUUUCAUUCCUGUGCCUGUUAAGCCGAACCCUGAUGACAUAAAUAUUGGAGAGGAGUUCACAGGUCGCUUAAAGAAGCAGGAUUUGCUUAAAAUUUUGAAUAAAUUUUAUCAGAAACCAGAAAUUCGAGUAUUGGCAUCAGAUAAUGGAUUAGAUGACCAGUUGUUACAUCAGGCAUUUUUGUCGUUUAGGAGACAUUGCUUAGAACAUGAUUUACCACCAGACUUACAUAUAACCAUUAGUGAUAUAUUACAAGGUGCAGGGCAUGUUGAUGACCUGUUUCCAUAUUUUCUUCGUCAUGCUAGACUGGCAUUCCCUCACUUAGAUUGUUUGGAUGAUUUAAAGAAAAUAUCAGAUUUAAGAACACCAGCAAAUUGGUAUACUCAAGCUCGUAGUAUGAAUAGAAAGAUUAUAUUCCAUGCAGGACCUACAAAUUCUGGAAAAACAUAUCAUGCUAUGGAAAGGUUCCUAACUGCAAAGUCAGGAGUUUAUUGUGGCCCCUUAAAAUUGUUAGCUACUGAAAUUUAUCAUAAAUCUAAUAAAAGGGGGACUCCAUGUGAUUUAAUCACAGGUGAAGAGAGAAGGCAUGCUUCUCAUUACAAUAUAAUUGAUACUCCAGAAGAUUCAGAAGAUUCACCUGAGAAAGAAACUAAAUCUUUGCUUCUUGAUGAAGCUGAGUUAACACCAUCUAGUCAUGUUGCUUGUACAGUUGAAAUGACAUCACUCAAUCAUAGUUAUGAGGUAGCUAUAAUAGAUGAAAUUCAAAUGAUUGGUGACAGAGGCCGAGGCUGGGCUUGGACAAGAGCUAUAUUAGGUCUUCAAGCUGAAGAAAUUCAUUUAUGUGGUGAGGCUGGUGCUAUAAAUCUUGUAGAAGAAAUUUGUAACACCACAGGUGAAGAAAUGGAGGUUCGAACAUACAAAAGACUGACACAAUUAAAAGUUGAAGAUUCUGCACUUGGAUCCCUAGAUAAUGUAAAACCUGGCGAUUGUAUAGUUUGUUUCAAUAAAAAUGACAUUUAUAGUGUAAGUCGAGCCAUAGAACAGAGAGGUCAUGAAGUAGCUGUAAUUUAUGGGAGUUUGCCACCUGGAACUAAAUUAGCACAGGCCAAUAAGUUCAAUGACCCUGACAGUUCCUGUAAAGUGAUGGUUGCCACAGAUGCUAUCGGACUUGGUAUUAAUUUGAGCAUCCGCAGAGUAAUAUUCUAUUCGUUAAUAAAACCUAUUGUCAAUGAGGAUGGAGACAAAGAAAUGGAUGUUAUUAGCAUAUCGCAAGCUUUACAAAUUGCUGGUCGAGCGGGUCGCUACGGCAGCGCCUGGGAGACUGGAUACGUCACAACAUUCAAGUCGGAAGAUCUGGCUACGCUGAAGACAUUGUUGUCAAAAUCCCCCGAGCCUGUUCUACAAGCUGGACUGCAUCCUACUGCUGAACAAAUGGAGCUGUACGCUUACCAUUUACCGCACGCCAGCCUUAGUAGUCUUAUGGAUAUAUUCGUCCAUCUAUGCACAGUGGAUGACUCGUUAUAUUUCAUGUGCAACACGGAAGCGUUCAAGUUCCUAGCCGAGAUGAUCCAGCACGUGCCGCUACCGCUGCGGGCGCGUUAUGUAUUUUGCUGCGCGCCCAUCAACAAUAAACUACCAUUCGUAUGCGCUACUUUCCUGAAGAUGGUGCGGCAGUACAGCAGAAACGAGCCAAUCACGAGAAACUGGAUGUGUAACGCGGUGGACUGGCCGCUGCCCGCGCCCAAGACCAUCAUGGAUCUGGUGCAUCUCGAAUCUGUGUUUGAUGUGCUCGAGCUGUAUUUGUGGCUGAGUUAUCGUUUCCCGGACAUGUUCCCCGACAUUAAACUGGUGCGCGACAUGGAGACUGAACUGGAUGCUAUCAUUCAGCAGGGAAUAUUCCAAAUAACGAGGCUAUUGCGUAACUCUGAACAAGCAUUCCGAGAGGACCCUGACAGUGUUGAAUCAAGUGUCAACAAAAGGACUCUAAGAUACGCGCAGACCAAAUAUGACUCCAAGGUCUAUAAUAUUUUUCAGGGAUUAAUAACACCACAAAUGUUGAAGAAACUACAACAAGAAUUGACCACUGAUACAAAAAUAGACAGAAAUAAAAAGAAAAUGAACAGAAAUAGAAGGAAAUUGAAUAUAUACGCCUAUAGAUCAUUCGAAGUGGACGGUGUUGAAACUAUACUAGCGUUGGAAAACGAGAAGAUUAAUAUAGAAUGUAAGACCGAUGUGCCACUAUCAUACUGUGGAUUCGUACAUCCAACUGGAAAAAGAUAUUCGUUUAAAGGUCAAGAGCUUCACCUGGGUCGUUGUUUUAAUAAAGUGAGUGUGUCAAAACAAGAUAUUGGAGAAUGGACUUGUCAUCUAGGCAAGAGUGCUAUAGGCGUGGAAACAACGAAGAAGAUAAUGGUCAGAAUAGUGAACCGUGUUGCCGCUAUAAAGCAAAAUGUAACGGUUAACCAUGGUAAGGAAGUCACCUUGGAAUGCGCCACUACAGAGGGAAUGAGGUCUUUAGUAUACUGCCGCUUUGAGCCUCCAAAUGGGAUCGCCUUCAGUAUUAAUUCAGCCGUGAAUGUUUCUAAUGCAAUUUUGGGGAAAUAUUAUUAUCCACAAAACAAAAGUAUCGACCGUGGUGAUUGCGCGGUGACAAUACGGAGUGUGAAAUAUGAGGACGUCGGUUCUUGGACUUGUGGAGCUGGACUGGACGAUGGAAAAGAGUAUAUUGAUGUUAUCACACUCGAAGUGAAAGGACUGUAUACACUGUCAACAGCAUCUAUGUCUGGCAUCAUAUUUGGAGCUAUAGUUAUUGCGGCGAUUCUCUGCUUGGUCGGCGUUGUUGCGUGGAAGAAGAGGACUUUCUUGGGUAGUCCGCCUCGACCAGCAGAGGAGAUCGAGAUCCAAGAUAUGGGUACGCAGCGAGAGUCAGAGACAGGGCAGAGGUCAUCACAACCGUCUCCGCAGCCAGAACGCAGUGUCCCUGAAGUUGUAGUCCAGUCACCAUCUGAACCAAGUUCCUCGCCAGUAACGGCUACACAGUAAAGAUUAGCAAGAAAACGUAUUUACCUAUAAUAACUAAAUUUAUAGUGUAACAAUAUGGUAAAUAGACAGCGUAAAGUUGUGAAUUUGAUGAAUGUAUCUAGUUGUGAAAUUUGUUCACAAAUCGGAUAGAUAUUAAUUUUGCUUAAUUAACAUAAGUAAUUACAAUUUAAUCUAUCAUUA